AUGGCGGUCACUAAGUGGAUGACACUGACCCGGCAAUGUCUUCUCAAUCGGUUGUCUGUGAACGAACUUGGUCGCCUCUUACAAGACUCCCAAGGAGGUGUUGAUGGUAUCCAACUGGCUGCGGCCUUAGUUGAUUGCCGAGAGUCCUUCUGCGCGAAAGGAGAUCCGUUGAUAUCGCUUUAUCUCGAAUAUGUCGGCGUUUCCGGUCUGGUCAAGGUAUCGGAGACAUUGAUAGCUCUUAUCCAUCGGUGGAAUCAAUCGGAUAAGCUCAAAACGAGCGAUGCGCUGGACUGUGCCACUAGGACGCUGCAGGAUAUCACCAUGCUCAUUGUGUCUCCUAAGUACAAAACAGAUGCAUCGGAGGCACAAUUGUGCUUGACGCUCUCUUCAAAAUGGUUGAUUGCCAUUACCCAUCACUUCUCAACUUCUGCAGCAGAGUCCGCAACGCAAGAACAUAAUUACUUGCUCGAAGCUCUUGCAUUCCUACUCGCAUCACUCGCUGCCACCGAAGCUGGUCUCAUGGCUUUGUCCCAACAACAAUCGUCCAAAGGCGCAAGUCGCAAUGCACAGACGUCCGUCCAACAGGCAAUUGAACAGUGCUUGUCACUCUAUCCGAAUAUGACCCCUCAGCUCGUUGAGCGACUUAACGCUGUUGUCAAGCACAUCACCAUGAUCAGCGAUGGGUCUAGUCAACCAGAUCAAACUUCGAUGCAUGAGUCAGAGAUGCAGGCACUGCAGUUCCAGGUCUCUAUUCCCCAGACUCAGAUUGUGGCUUCAAAGGCUGCUACAGUCGUACACCUCGACACUUUGCUAUCUACAGGCGCAACCAUUGACGAUGGUGUCAUGCUCAACUUUUUGUCUACGCGCCACCAGAGUGAAUACCAAUCCAUGUUCGUUGACAUCUUCACAGCAGCAUUUCAUACGUUGCGGAUACAUGGCCUCUCUCCUGAUUCCAACCUUCGCAUGGAACAAUGUCAAGUCUUUAUUCAAAGCAAGUUGCCGUCACUACUGUCAAUGAUAUCGGCUUCAUCGUUCAACAGUGUAAACACUGAAGAAGCCAUCACCGAUGCCUGGCACCAGGUAUCACCGUUGCUGACUACUCAGGAUCUUCUGACAGCAGGUCACAAAUGCCUGCACACAUGUUCCCUUCACCAUCUGAUAUCUCCCCAAAUCGCAGCUCAACUCGUUGGUGGUGAGGAAAUAACAGCAAGCUUCAGCAAAGGCUUGUAUUCAAAAGACGACCUCGUAUCUCAAGUCAUGUCAAACCAUUCCAGGGGUCCUAAGUUGAUUGAAGAACUCACUAGAAGUGAUGGUAGUGGGGGACCAUUGAGUCAAGCCAUCGUCGAGGUCAUGCAGCACUAUUGGGAAGCUCAGCCUGUCUAUGAUGAGUUUGGAGCCAUCUUCCUGCUGAUUCUUGUCAGCAGAACACGACUGGGACUGCGUAGAUCAGAGCUGGGCAUUCGCAGAAAGGAUGGCUUCCUUGCAGAUUAUUUCGAGCGAGAAAAUAGCGAAUAUGCCAUUUCCGAGCUUUCCGAGGACAGAGAUGCAAAACUCGGCGAAUGGAUUAACGCUUUAUAUCUCGCCGAUGGGUUAAGCGACGAACUGUUCUCCAAUUGCAGCCCACACGACUACUACUUGUUGAUACCUACACUACUCAGGCAAUCAGUCAUGGCGCAUCAACUUGGAAAAUUAUCACAAGAGUCAUUGACAGCCGGACUUGAUUACCUCCUCGAGUCUUUUUUGUUACCUUCAUUAGUCCCGGCACUGAACUGGACUGGGCGCCUCUUGGACAACAACGUAUCUCUCGCUGGAAUUAUCUUACAAGUCCUGACUAAAUCACCCAGCAGCGCAGAUUCACUGCCCAUACAUCAAACGAUAUUAGCCACAGCUGCACCCAGACUGAGAAAGCGACUGGAGGCUACACAAGCCCAGGACCAAAACAUCCAAUCAGCUCUCACGAUAUUCAACUCGUGUCCUGAUUUCUCUUUCGUCCCAGAAGGAGACCCAUUAAAUGGAGUUGUCAACAUCCUCGCCGCACUUCAAACCAGUAUCACGAAUAGCCUGGCUUCCCUUCCCUCGAUGGAGAUCGCGGAUGAGUCAUCUCCACGAUACUCUCCAGCACUGAUGCGCCUAGCACUCCGAUGCCACGGUCCAGACAAGACAUUACGCGCACUGAUAGAAGUCUUACUGCAGCUAAGCAGCAGCCACAAUUUCCUGUUCGCCCUCGAUUUGAUCUCGACCGUGAUCUGCAUUGCCGAGCCCAAGCUCCGUGACGCACUACGUAUCCGCCACAGCAUGCUCAGCAGCCUCAUACGCAAAGGCGACGCCCUCACCGCCGAGGCCGUCGUGCGCCUCAACCGCCAAGUCGAAGCAUACACCAUCGUCCUCGCGGUGCAGGACAUGAACAUCGACCAAUUCGCAUUCACACAUCAAAUGACAAACAUCGACACCGCGAACGCAAACCUCGAUGCCGUCGUGCCGGGACCCGGCGACGGCAUGGACCUCUCUCAAGACCCCGGCCAGGAAGCAGACAGCAUCGACCAGGUCCUGGGAGAAGUCGCCGCAAUGGGGAAUCUGGACGACGGCAUGGGCUCCAACGAUGUGGAUUUGAGCUUCGACGCCCUGUAUGGUUCGCAGAAUGGAGAUAUGAAUCUGGAGGAUCUCAAUGAUUUGGACCUUGAUAUGUUCUAG